AUGGAUGACGUUCAACCCACCGCCAAAUGGGCAAACCGUGUGCUGCGCCCUUUGACCUCCAUUUAUCGCCGACUCGAAAAGCACCAAGAGACAUUAGCCAUUAUCGCGGCCGAAUCCAAGGCACUCAACCACGACAAAGACUCCCAGGAACACCGUUCGGAAGCACCAAAACCCGCAGACCCUCGCGAAAGCUUCGGAUCGGACGCCGACGAGGAUGAUCCCGGAUGGAUCCCAGGCAAAAGCGCCGGCCAACGGCGCGUCAGGCAUAAAUAUUCUGGGCGCAAAGGAAAUACAGGUGGGCGCAAGCGCGCGAGGUUCUCGCUUCAAAGUCCAGAAACUCCGAGGACCCUCCCCGGCGCGAUUGAGGUGGCUACGCCGCUGAUUACGGGCAAACGAUGGGAGGUACCUUUGAGUGCUCGAUCACAACAACAGCUGUUGGAGGAGCAAAUACCGAAACCCGAUUCACGCGGCCCUACGCAGGUCUUUCGUGACCGAUACGCACAGCACAAGAAUCCUUGGCGUGAAGCCCUCAAUGAAUCUGGAGAUACGGGCCUUGUCGAUAUCGUACAUAACCUUGACUAUGUGCUUCUAAACUUCUUGAGUAAAACGGAUACAUCCGCCAGGCCGAAGAAAGGUGCACGCUCUCUUCUUUCUAUGGUCGCCCGGCACUUACCAGAGUUCAUCGCAAUCGAGCAAGAAGCGAUGGAUGAAGAAGAUGAGGAUGGGGAUGAUGAUGUGUGCCACGCGUAUUUGACGGAGCUAGAGUCAUUUUAUGCUCCCCAUGGCAAGGGAUGGAAACCAUUGCGCGAGAUAGUCCGCGCCCAGGGCCUGUAUAUGGUCUGUGCGAUGAUACGAAAUCGGUGGCUGACAGACUCAAUCAUCUUCGCAUUAAUUGAUGCGUGUCCGCACCUUGAGCAAGAUGCAUCUGAACAGUUUCUCUCCACAUUUCUUUCAAACUGCACGACUUGCCCUCUUCCUAUGGCUCUUAAGCCUACUACGGAGAGCCCCUCGCCUGGAAGAUCCGUUGCGUUAUUGCAUAAGUAUGCUAUGUCAUCUGGUCAUCGAUCUUACAUGUUUGACGAAGUUUCAAAACUACUUGUUCGAGGUGCACUUCCUCCAGAAUGGAUGGCCACUAAGCCAUGGACUGGCUGGAUGACUCGGGCAACAAUAUCAUUCUCACGGCAUGAUGGCGAUUAUGCUGUUUCCUCGCGGUUAAUCGAGGCUGUACUUGUUUCUGCUUGCAAAAUUUUUCCACAUGAAACCUCCAAAUCCCUUUUUCAAACGCCAUCAACAAGCCAUUGCGUUGGCCAAGUCAGAGCGACGCGGAAUUCCAUGGCCCCAGCAAGCAAUUUGUAUGUUUAUCGGAAAUGUCCUGUGCCAGUGGAAGAUGCCUUGAGCAACCAUGUUGCAAGUCUCUUGGCAACGCUUUGUGGUAUGCACAUAUCGCGAUCUCGUAUGCUUGAUAAGAUCAAGGAUACAGGUGGUACAAAAGCAGGCCAUGUUAUCAACUAUGUUUCCUUUACAUUGGGAAAAGAGGUGGAACGCGAACCACUCUCCCACAUUUCCAUUCUUCCUUCCCAUCAGUUAUUAAGACGCGGUUGCAUUUUGCUGGCACGUUGCCUUGUGCUUUGUAACGAUGCAGUUUUGGCAGGCGAAACUGGGCCUGUUUUGGUAUCAACAGCGUGCACUGAAGAAUAUUCAACUACAUUGACAUCUCAGUCGGGUGUGAUCAAGGAAUUGGCAGUAUUCGUUCGUGAAUCAUUCCGCUGCUUCAGCAGUCCGUCCAACGAUGAUAGGGACACCGAUAUGAGAAGCGAAAUUCGACGUGUAGUCUCACGACUUCCUACUCUGACAGAAGAUCCAGGUCUAUCUACAUUUCUCAGUCGUGUUGCCGUGGAGGCCGCUAUGAAAUUCGCAGAAGGGACUGGGGACCCAGAUGAUCAUCUGUGGGCCGUGGAUAUUCAGGAAGCAACCAUUACUCUUCGACACCAAACGGAAUCAAGCCCCGGGUCAGCAAGUGAAGAUGAGGACUCAAGACCGAAAAGUGGCCUCUUUCGCUGGGAAGAUGGUAUUGGUGAAUGGGUUGCUCGUACUCCCGCAAUCAAAGCAAACCCCACAACAAUCACUACAACAAAGAGACGGGCUUCUGGGAUCUCCAACUGUUCGCCUUGUAUUCAACACUCGUUGGAGAUCGGCUCUCCUGAGAUUGAUUCCGAUUCCGAUUCAUCAAAUCAUCAAAAUGAGGCCGCGGAUUCCUCGCCCAUUCGAACUCGAUCCUUCAAACGACGACGUACCACUCCUAUGGUUACGGUUGAACGUCCACAACAAGGCCGAUCCGCAUCCCCGUUCUUUGAAUGUCUGUCAUCUGAGUCUCUGUCCGAACGCUCACUGUCGAAGUCUCCCUCGAGAUCUCCAUCUGUGGAACCGGUUCGUUCUCAUCGCCGUGUUUUGCGUGAUAUGUCAAAUCAUGUUAUUUCCAAUCCAACACGUUCUGUGCCAUUAUCCAGGCCUACAUCUAAAGUCGAAGUGGUGAUCAUCAAUAAACCAAGUCCUCGGCUCACUGCAAUGCCUGCCCUCAAUUACGCUGAGAAGCGGCAUCCUCGGUCUAUGGACCGGCGAAGAUCCGGACGACCUUCGGCUUCUUCAGCCCCUAGCCCGGUGGUGGUGGUGCCUCGGCAGCAGCCUGCCAUCCCCUACUCGCAAGAUGACAGCGACGAUGAGCUUAGCUUCAUUUAA